AAGAGAAAGAAGGGUGGUUUUUAAAAAUUAACUGAAGAGCAAGCUGCUUGAAGAGAAAGAAGCGAAAGAAGAAGGGGGGGAAACCUCACGUCAAGCCCCAUUGAACAGUUGAGAGGGAGGGCUGCCUCAGUGGAACAGGGACCAGUAAAGCUCUCUGUCCAAAGGCUCGGACUCCUCUUGACACCCACACUGGCUGGACUGGUCCCAGUGCUCGGCCCUUCUCUCCUCCGCCCGCCUGCCCACACCUGUCCCACUUCCACCAUGAUGAUGUACUUUUGGGGUAACCAAGAGGCCACCAACCCCCCAGAAGCGAUGGCCCAGCCGUACACCCCAGCUCAGUACCCACCUCCCCCACAGAAUGGCAUCCCCGCAGAGUUUGCGGCACCACACCCACUUCCGACACAGGACUACACCGGGCAGAGCCGGGUUCCCGAGCACGCCAUGACCCUCUACACGCCCACACAGACGCACAGCGAGCCGGCCGGCACUGACAACAGCACGCCCGCCAUCACCGCCACCACGACCGCACCGACAGAUGAUGUGACGCAAACAGAGGGCUCUCAGCAGCUCCAGCUCCAGCACUCAGACUCUUCAGAGAAGCAGCAGCCCAAAAGGUUACAUGUCUCCAACAUUCCCUUCCGCUUCCGGGACCCUGACCUAAGGCAAAUGUUUGGGCAAUUUGGAAAGAUUUUAGAUGUGGAGAUUAUCUUUAAUGAGCGAGGAUCCAAGGGCUUUGGGUUUGUAACUUUUGAAACAAGCACAGAUGCCGAUCGUGCACGGGAGAAACUAAACGGUACAAUCGUAGAGGGCCGCAAAAUAGAGGUGAAUAAUGCAACAGCACGAGUGAUGACAAACAAAAAAGUUGCCAACCCGUACACGAAUGGCUGGAAGCUGAAUCCAGUGGUAGGAGCUGUCUACGGUCCUGAACUGUAUGCUGUAACAGGGUUUCCCUACCCUGCCACAGGCGCUACAGUGGCCUAUAGGGGUGCCCACUUGCGAGGCCGGGGGCGGGCUGUGUAUAACACAUUCCGCACAGCUCCACCGCCGCCACCAAUCCCAGCUUAUGGAGCGGUGGUGUACCAAGAUGGCUUCUAUGGUGCAGAGAUCUAUGGUGGCUAUGCAGCAUACAGAUUUGCCCAGCCCACCACCACCGCUGCUUACAGUGACAGCUAUGGCAGAGUCUAUGCAACAGCAGACCCCUACCACCACACGAUUGGCCCUGCCGCCACAUACAGUGUGGGGACUAUGUAAAUACAAAAGGAAGAGCUGUACUCAGUAUUGAUGGACAUCACAGAUGAAAACAACGAAGAGAGGAGAACUAGCUUUAAGAAAAUAACACAAGAAGAAGAAGACGACGAGAAGGAGUCCCUCUACUGAGGCUGGCGAGGGAAGACGGGAGGCGUACAAAGUGGCGCCGCGGCAGCGGUGUCAAACCAGCCACAAACUAGACAGACGGAGUGAGCCAGUUUCCACCAGGGACCACCUUUUUGCCGGGUAGAAAAAGACAGAGAGAGAAUGAAAAGCGUCCCGUUAUUAUAAAACAUUUUAUUUUUCUAUACUUUUGUGAUUUACAAUGGUAAAAAGUGUGUAUAAAGCAGUAUAUAUGUACAAAUCUGUUUUUAUGUUUUUUGGUAAGGGAGAUGAACAGUUGGCCCUUGAUGCUGAUUCUGUGGUAUGCCGGAAGGAGGAGGGAGGAGCCCCCCCUCCUCUCUCUAUGGCACACUGCUCUGUCGCCGAGGUCGUGUAAACAAAAACAUAAACAGAAAGGUGGCAGGGAGCGCUCGGCAUCCAGGCAGAAGCACUUUCUACACUGUACUUCCUGUGGGUGGAGUCAAAGGUCAGCCUCCUGGUCUCACUGCUCCGCCUUCUUCCUUCCAACCCCCCCAACCUCCUCCCUUACUUCCUUCCUUCCUUUUCGGGCCGGUGAUGUCGCUCCUUCCUCCUUGUUGCGGUGUCACUGACCGGCAGCGCCUACUGUUAGCAGCGUCCCCCGUGGAUACUGUCGUGAUGUCACUUUCUCCUGGCAGCACCAUUGGGCAUCCCCGCCCUCCCCAAUGGGAAGCGUCACUGGUUUACAGCGUUGGGGAGUGGGGGGGUGAGCCACGGCGGGACGGUGAGACGGUAUAAAGCCGAGCCUCCCCGGUCUGCCCCUCUCCACGCCCCAGCAGAGGUCAAUGACUGAGGACUAGUUAGAGAAAAUGGCGCAGAAGUCGCCGACUUUACUCACCUGCCAGACUCCGAGCCCAAGCCUUUGUGUCACUCUGCACCGACGGACAAACUAUCAGACCAACGCGGUAAUAAAGGUGCGUACAACUACCAAGGAUGCACGUUUCCACCUGACGAGAAUAACUCAUCAACGUCCAUGUAACAAAUUGAAUUAUAAUCGAAUAAUCCCAUUGUACUACAUCAGCAGGUGCAUAACCAAAACACAAGCCUGAGGCAUAUAGACUAUGUCGCUAGAUAAAACAUUAUAGAAAUACAGUAGUGCCCAUCCAACGGUAACAAGGAACGAGGGCUAAAAUAUGUCAAUUUUUUUUGUCAAUGUAUUCUGAGAAUAUUUAUUUGUGUGUUUUUUUUGUUUGUUUUUUGCAGCACUGAAAACUUUUAAAGAGGAAAAAAAAAGUUUUAAUUUUGGUGGAAGCGAAUUCUUUAUAUCAGGAGAGUCACUGUAAACGUGUUUAAACAAGAAUGUUGAUUCAGUUCUUUGAAUGUACAUUAAUGUCUAGGGUGUCCAAUAAGUAUGUAUUCUUUUUCUGUAUAUAAAUAUAUAUACAUAUCUAUUAUAUGGGCUGUGGUGAUGUCAGGGAGUAGAGGGGGUGGGCAGGAACGCCUCUGGCCCCCGAACAUAGAUAUCAGACCCCCACCCCCUCCAACUAAAUAUGUCCCUGAUAUUUACUGUAACAUGUGAUCAUGUGUUAUAUGAUUGAAAGUGUGAUGGUGAUAGUGUGAACUGAUCUCCCCUGAACC